GGACCUCCGUCAGGCAGCUGGGACUGGGCUGGCCUGGCAGUUGGAGACCUAGGGAGACUUAGGAAGGUCUCCUCGCUGAAGAGGAAAAGAAAAAUCUGGAGGAAAUUUGGAGGAGGACAGUGAGUGGGGAAGGUGAAGGGAGAGAGAGAGGCGUUGCACGGUCCAGUUGAAGAGCUCAGCAGUUGGGAAACGCCAGGCUCUGCAGAAAGGGUAGAAGGGUAGAAGUCUUGUUUCCACGUCUCCUUAACUGGGUGCAAGAGACAGACAGUCAGAGGGGACAGACAGUCAGAGAGCAACGUGCUUUUUUAUUGGGGACCGGGGCACCGCUUGAACUCUUCGCCACAGGGCCGCACGCCUCUCCGAUUCCUCAAGGAAGUCCACCGGGUCCCUGUCGGUGUCCUCCCCAGCAGUCACCGGCGGACGGGGGAGAGCCGAGCCGUCCGGUACCGUCGUGACCAGCGUCCGGCCGUGUGGACGGCGCCCAGCUCAUCUGCGGGAGGCAGUAGUAGUAGUGAGGCCGAGAGUCUACUCCCAGAACCGCGGCACUCGGCCGAGGCAGAGGCCGGAGUCCGGCGGGCAUCAUGAGGAACUACCCUACUUCGGACCGCCAUGCUCUGCUGCGCUACUCCCAGAACGAGUCGCUGUCUGCCCCCCAGGUGCCCCGCCUCAACUACCUGAGCGUUCUGGAGGACAAGCCCAGGGUCCAGAUGAAAAAGUUCCUGCUGCACCGCAUGUUUCUUGUCGCCAUGGUGCCCGGCGAGGUGCAGGAGGUCCCCACUUUCCUGGAGAGGAUAUUCCAGAACGCUCUGAAACAGCACCUGGGGGAGCCGGUGACGGGCAUCGCCCUGCUGUACCCGAGCUCCGUCCUGGUCGUGCUGGAGUCCUCCAGCGGGAGCCUGUACAGAGUCCUCCAGGAGCUCGACCGGCCUCCGGAGCCCGGCCGAGAUGCCGCCCUGCUGCAGGGCACAAAGAUCCUGGUGGUGUCCCAUGACAUCCCGGCGCGGCUCUUCCUGCAGUGGCACGUCUCCGUCAUCACCGUCCCCGUCAUGUACCUGGAGGACGUCACUCAAUCUCAGUCGCCCGAAGAGGUGGUCACCGAAUGCCUCACCCUGGUGCUCAAACUGGGCGUGUUCCUCCUGAAGACCAUCAAGGUGGGCACCAGGUUCCCCGGGGCCAACCUCCACCAACUGGUUCCCGAGCUCCUCAUCCCAGAAGAGACCAUCAAGUACCUGUCCAAGUGUGAACUCUUCAUGACUCCGGGACAGUUUCUGGAAAUGUACAGCAAUCCCAUAUACAUCCACAUGGACUCAGAGAGCGUCUGGCCCAUCCCUGCCAGUCUGUAGACCAGAUGGGCCCGAGGCCCUGGCCCGUGUGGUCGUGAGGUCUCACGGAACGAUGCCCCCGGGAGGCCAAGGGCCUCGCCCAGGCAUCUGCAUUCCCCAUCGGGGUAAGGUGGAGAGGGUGCGCCGCCUCAGGAGUGCAGCUGAAAAUAGAGCUGGAAGGCCGGCGUUCCGUCCGAAAGAUCGUCUGCUGGUGCUGCUGGGAAUCGGGAUCAAUAAAACUUAGAAAUGCUU